ACGGCACCUGCUGGAUUGCCAACGUUCGUGGGCACCCUGCCCCCGCGGGACGACGUACCCAUCUUGUCCAGAGACGUCACUCGACAUUCACUCGAGAAUCGUUUUUUAUCAGAUAUCAUUUUCCCGAAACAUCGAGAUUCGUGCUUCGCACCGCAUUUCGUAUUCGAGUCGGAACUCGAAUAUCAUCUAGUUUAUAAAGUGCUUCGAAAAUAAUUGAAAAGUAACGGGUGAUACAGGAUGAAUGGCUGCACUUUGCAUUUUAUUUUUUUUAUCCCUAAAUACGAUUUAUUAACAAAACAAAACAUACUAGAAAAUGCAGCGUGAAAAGUUCUACAAUUUACAUAAAACCUCGUUUUUUACAGUUGACUUUUUGUGCUCAGAAUGGUUAAAACUUCUAGCGUUCAAAUUUCGACUGUCCGAAAAUGAUAUUUUUUGUACAAGAUGAAUUUGUCAUCUUUUUACAAUUAUUAUGUGUAAAUUGCAGGGCUUUUCACACUGCAUCUUGUGGUACAAUUUGGUUUUCUUUUAAAAAAAAAACAUGUCAGGUGGUAAAUAAGAAAAAACGCUUUCGUGAUAUAUCAAAAAAAAAAGAUUUUUAAUUUCAAACCUAUGGAGGCUCGUUGGAAUAGUUUGAGGGUUCUUGUUGUCAAAUCAUGUAUCUCAUUAUGUCGAAGAUGUUUUCUCAUGAACCUUUGAAUUUAGAUAGAGCUCGACAUGUUCUAUAAAAAUGUCAGCGAGACAUUUGCUUGUUUUCAUAACAAGAAACGUAAAAACAAAUUGUUUCUCUAAAAGUAAGUUUUUGCUUGCAUUCUGUUAGAGUGUCGUUAGUAGGAAAAUUGUUCCUAAUAAUGAUGAGAUGCAGUUCAUUAUCGUAGACAGCUGAUUUCUCCACUGCAACUUUUAAGAAGAAAGGUCAUUCGAAUGUAUAUAAAAAAAAAUAUUUUCAAUCGACUGUGAAAUAGCCGUGCACGAAAUUUUUUCUUCGUCGUUAUAAGGAACACUGACUCUAAGUCUCCAUAUUCAUAUCCUAAUAUGAUACUUGUCCAGGUCUUUUCUUCUUUUCAUUAGUUUUUCUUUUUAUCUAUUAGAAAAUUCGCAUUUCUAUUCCCACAAUGGAUGUAUGUAAUUAUAAAGCAUGUAUACAACAACUUGUACUGAAAAGUCUUUAUUUUGGUGUUUCCACAUUUUGUAGUCGAACUAAACAAUUAAUCAUAACAUAUGCAUAUGUUUUAUCGAACAAUUGUGUUUGUUUUUCAGUAAUUUUUUAUUAUUAAAUAAAAGACAAAAAAAUAUAUUCCAUAGUUACAAUUAAAUAAAAAUACACGAACGAUGUACUUCUACUUUCUCCUCAUACAACACACUUUCUAUCUCCUUCACAUCAAUAAAUAACAUAUCUUCUUUUAACAAAUCUUAUUUUUCCUUCUUAUCUCGAUGACUUUAUUUAUCAAUGAUUUUACUUAAUAACUAAUAGAUAAUCUUGAAUCUUUAUCUUCACUUCAUACAAAAGAAAAUGAUAUUGUUCGUUUAUUCAAUGAAUUACUUCCAUGGACAUAUAAUUGUCGAACAUUAAUCGAUGCUGCUCGAAAUGGUCAAACAGCUGAAUGUGAAGAUUUAAUUCGACUUGGUGUUGAUAUCAAUGAAAGUGAUAAUUAUAGAAAUACCGUUGUUUGGACAACCUAUUUUCAUGAUUCCGUUAGAAUUCCCCAGAAAAUAACCAGAUAUUAUUUGGAGGACAGUAUCAAUAUUUGA